UUGGUCAAGGAUCUUUUCUCCUAUAUAUAUCCAGGCUCAAGAUAUGGACUGGGCACCGGCACUGGCAAAGCACCCAAACGUUAUGGGACAGCUGCUGGCGGAGCCGGUGGUACUGGCGGUGGGCCUGGUGGCUACGGGACCGGACCAGGUGGAGUUGUUCCUGGAGGGGCGGGUGGUGCUGGGACAGGAACUGGAGGCUUCGGACCAGGCGGUGCCGGGACAGGAGCUGGAGGUUUUGGACCAGGUGGUGCUGGCACAGGAGGCUUCGGACCAGGCGGUGCUGGGACAGGAGGCUUCGGACCAGGUGGUGCUGGCACAGGAGGCUUCGGACCAGGCGGUGCUGGGACAGGAACUGGAGGCUUCGGACCAGGCGGUGCUGGGACAGGAGGCUUUGGACCCGGUGGUGCUGGCGCAGGCAGCUUUGGACCAGGUGGUGCUGGAACAGGAACUGGAGGCUUCGGACCAGGCGGUGCUGGGACAGGAGGCUUUGGACCCGGUGGUGCUGGCACAGGCAGCUUUGGACCAGGUGGUGCUGGAACAGGCAGCUUUGGACCGGGUGGUGCUGGAACAGGAGGCUUCGGACCAGGUGCUGCUGGGACAGGAACUGGAGGUUUUGGACCAGGUGGUGCUGGGACAGGAGGCUUCAGACCAGGUGGUGCCGAGACAGGAGCUGGAGGCUCCGGACCGGGUGGGGCUGGGACAGGCGGCUUUGGACCAGGCGGUGCCGGGACAGGAGAGGGUUUUGGCCAAGGCGGUCAAGGUUUAGGAAAACGAAAACCUUCUAAAUCUGGUUAUGGAGGGGCUGGGUAUGGAUCAGCAGGAGGAUUAGGAGGAGGUACAGGAAGUGUUCCUGGCGGAGUUGGACGUGGUGGCUACGGCCCAGCAGGGUACAGUCCAACUGGAACUGGAACAUUCCCGUUUGGUUAUCGACCUGGAGGUGCUGCAACUGGUGACUUUGGCCCAGGAAAUGCUGGAACUGGGCCGGGGGGUUUUAGACCUGGUGGUGUUGGUGGAUAUGGACCUGGUAGCCAAGCGCUAGGAAAUAGGAAGCCUCCUAAAUCUGGUUACGGCUCCUCGUUGGGUGGAACUGGCUAUGGUCCAGGUCCAUCAGGUGCUGGAGUAGGUGGGCUUCCUGCAGCAGGAGGAGCAGGAGGUCCUGCAGGAACCGGUCAGGGAUUAGGAGGAGGAGGGGGAGCGGGCGGUUUACCCGCAGGAGGCGGUGGACCAGGCUAUGGUGGAGUGGCUGGUGGAAACUAUCCAGGAUAUACGGGGGCAGGACAAAAAUCCAAGGCACAGAAGGCAGCCAAAUAUGCAGCCAUGCAGGCGUUCCUCGGUUCUGGGGGCUACAGAGGCGCUGGCUGCCAGGGUAAAUUCUGUGGCCAAAGGAGGAAGUGAGAGACCAACGGACGAUGACCUCAUGAAAACAACAUUGGUGCUACUGCAUGAUCCCAUAUUGUAGAUGCAGAUCCGUCAUAGAAGCUACGGCUUCAACACAUGCCCCAUGUCAAACUUUUCAUUGGCCUUUUCAAAAGGAGCUAACCCAACCCUAACCCUAACCCUUCCUUAAAAGAAAAGGGCAAUCCCCCCCCCAUGAAUUACCCUGUGACUCCCUGUGGCUCCCGACCACCAGAGUGAGCAUCACUGAAAUAAAGGAUUAGCACAUUUUCUGCUCUCCUUUGAUACCGUUUAGGUUGAUCUUUGUUCAACAUCACUGUUGUUUCUUUGCAAAUAUGGGACAUAGAUCCUCAUGGGGGUGAGACUGAUACCAAGGACACCCUCAGGGCGGCUCCUUCAGACCUGUCUGCAUGCUGACACAAUGUUUAAUGUGGUGGGCGUACUUUUACCCAGUUACACUUGGUUUGUCUUUAUAAUUUACUGUUUAAAGUCCAAACACUUGGAUAAUCUGUGCGGGCGAAGAAACAGUCAGCUGCUAUUUUGGGGGAACUGUGAAGGCGGUGUUCUGAUUGGUCGUUAUCUGACACCAAAAAGCAGUCUGUGUUGUUUUACAGGCCUCAGCAAUAUCAAUAUUUUAUAGCUACAGAACACCAAUUGGUAGGAGUGUAAACUUUUUGUUUACAUCGAUACCUUUCAUUAAUAAAAGGAUGUAUUUGUUAUGAUAAUAUGUGGCUUCGAUCUGGCCUUCACAUUUGCUGUUGAGGUAAGAAUUCAAACUUAAUGUGAGGUAAUAUGAUUACAAGCCAUUGAGAUGCCACCUGAGGAGCGUUGACUGAUGUUUUUUUUUUUUACCUCUUUCAACACUGUUAUUUUUAAGUUAUGCUGACAAAAAGCAGAAAAAGCUGAGUUCUAUUUAAUCUCUUUUUACAAAUCAAGUGAAUUAAUACAAUAUCAGAUAUUUUAGUUACUUUGUGUGUUUGUUUUAACAGUUUUUAAAACUUGUUUACUAUUACGACUAAUAAAAUUGCUUUGUUUUCUACAUUGUGCUGAGUAACAUUGUAGUCCGUUGUGUUAUCGACUUACAUCCGUCCCUAUCAUGCCAUUCAACAGGUGUCUUCAACAUCUGCGUUUCUAUCAAGAAAAUGAUGCACUUUUACAAACUUUCGGACAACGCCCUCUGAAAUAAAGGAAUUACCAAC